AUGUCAAAUACUUCAGAUGUAAAAAAUGAAAUACCUGGUCAAUGGCUGAUUAAACCAUGUGAAGAAUACAAUGAUGAAUUAAGCUAUUGUCGAAGUUGGCGAGGUCGAUUACAUCAAAGAUAUAUGUUAGGUGAACGGAAAGAUUGUGCACCAAUUGCUGAAGCAUUACAUAAUUGCAUGUUUUGGUUACAACGAAAAGAUGUUCAAGAAUUAAAAAACUUGAUAUCUUAUGAAGAAGAUCGUCUUAUUCGACGGAAAUUAUCUGCAGAAAAUAAUGAUGUAUGGCAACCUAGAACCGAACCACCAAGUGAUUGGAAUGCACCACUACCAGAAUGGGCACGUAAACGGGCAGAAUCGAUUGGACAAUACAAACAAAAACAGACAAACUAA